AUACUCCCUCCGUCUCAUUUUAUGUAUCGUCAUUUGAUCGGGCACGGAGUUUAAGAAAUAAGGAAAGACUUGAUAAAGUUUACCAAAUUAUCCUUUAUCAAAAAAUGUGUCAAUAUGUUUUUUUAAUUAAGUGGGAUUAAUAAGGGUAAAAGGAUAAUUAUGUCUUUAAAAAAUUGUCUAAUAAGGAAAGACGAUACUUAUUUUGAAACGAACUAAAAAAAAUGAUGACACAUAAUUUGGGACGGAGGAAGUAAUAUAAAAAUAUUAUUUUGUGCUAAGGUAAUACAUAUUCAAGUGAGUAAAGUAAGAAAAAAGAAAAGCGCAUUAUGGUAUGUGGAAUAAGAAAGAAAUCCACUUGAUUACUAAAACAAACCAAAUAUAGUUGACCAAACGACGUCACCUCUUUGCCCGCUUUUGACUCUUCCUUUAUAAACACCACACAAAUAACAUUCUCACAAAAUCGCAAGCCAAAAAAAUAAAAGGAUAUCUGAAAAUAUGGUGAGAAAUAGGAGAGAAGAACUAUACGUUACCGUUCCGAGUCUUUUCCGAUGUCCGAUUUCCAUGGACGUAAUGAAGUCUCCCGUAAGUCUCUGCACCGGCGUCACUUACGAUCGGAGCUCCAUUCAAACUUGGCUUUCUCAAGGCCACAAUACUUGUCCCGCCACCAUGCAAAUCCUUCCUUGUACAGAUUUCACACCUAACCUCACUCUCCGGAGGCUUAUCAACGUUUGGCUUCAGCAUCAGACGACGACGGCGAGUUCACUGGGAGCUGUAACGCCGUCUUUAUCUGCUGUAACUAAGUCGGAAGUUGUAGAAAUUGUGAAAAGUAUCAACGGCGAGAUAAGCCAGUUGAGUAAUUUGGUGAAGAUUGUGGAAUUUGUGAAAUGUUCUGGGGAGAAUCGGAGGUUUUUUGUGAAUUUGAGUGAUGCGAUUGUGAAUGUUGUUGGAGUUUUGGUAGAUUGUGAUGAGGUUGAAAUUUGUGAAUCGGUUGUUGCGGUUUUGGAUUUGGUUGUAUCGGAGAAUGGAGUGAAAGAGCAGUUGAACAAUGAGAUUUUGCGGAGCGAUCGGAGAGUUCUACCCAAAUUACUCUCGAUUUUUCGUAAAGGGAAGCUGAGUUCGAGGAUUCAAACUGCUCGGAUUCUGGAAUUCAUCGCAUCAGACGCCGAUUCGCAGAGGAAGAUAGUCGAGGAGCAAGGUUUACUCCACGAAUUGCACGUAUUCACCAGCACGGAGACGAACCGGUUCGCGAUAGAAGCCGGUUUAUCAACUCUAAUCGCGGUUUCAACCACUCGACUAGCGAAAAAAGAGCUCAUCCGGUUCGGAAUUGUACAAGCAAUUGGAAAAGUCCUUACCGGUUCAGAAACCGCUCGGCCGGUGGUUGAGAAGUCGUUAAAACUCUUAGAAACAGUAGCAACCUGUACGGAAGGGAGAACGGCGAUCGGGAAAUGCGAGGAGUGCUUAUCGGCGAUAGUUACGCGCCUGAUGAAGAGCACGAGAGCCGCCACGGAGCACGGCGUUGCGGUGCUGUGGAGCGUGUGCAGCUUAGCGCGUGAUGCGGCGGCGCGUGAGGUGGUGCGGAAGGUGAAUGGGCUGACGAAGGUGUUGCUGGUAAUGCAAAGUGAUUGUUCAGCCGGCGUACGGCAAAUGUGUGGGGAGUUGGUCAAAGCAUUGCGCGUGGGGAAUAAUAAUAAGAACUAUUCAAAGUCGUGUUUGGCGAGUUAUGAUACCAAAACUACUCACAUUAUGCCCUACUGAAAAUAAUACUAAUAAAUAUACCACUCAGAAUUUGUGUUGACUGACCAAACCAAAAGAACCAAACACUAGUUUUUCUUUUCUUUUUCUCUUUUUGUUAUUAUUAAUGAUACUCCAUUUGUUUAUAGAAAAUUGAAUUAGGUAGAUUCAUGUUGUAAAUUCAAAGGAAUUUUGCUAAUGAUACAAAUGACAUCAAACUGUUAGCAAAAUAUAUCAGAAGCUCGAUAUUACUUCAUUAUCA